AUGAGUAUUAAUAAUAAUGGUAGUUUAGCGGAUGGUAGCAAGGGGUAUAUGACUACAAACAACCACAAUGGGCGUGAUAAUGGCAAGAAGCUAAGGUCCAAAAGAUCGGAAACAUCAUUAUCAUCACCACAGAAACACAGAAUACAACCUCCAUCAUCCAGCAGUUGGUAUCUACAUGUACAUCAUGUUCUCCUGAUACAGUCCCUUAGCUUGAUUCUUCUGAUGAGUCUUCCAACCACCCAAGCCCAGACUCUGCUGCAAGCACCGGUACAACCUCAGCAAGUCCAGAUACCCCUACCCGUGGCAACACGCAGUCUUCAAUGCAAAGCUCUCAUGCUGGCAGCAGACGCGGAUGGAGAUCGGUAUAUGGCAGCGGGUAGCGAGUACAUUACUUGGUUGAACCAAAUGGCCGCCUCCGUCACGGGCGUUCCCGGAGCCUACACUGAUUUUGCCGAGUUGCCACAACCACUCAUUGACAUUUAUACGCAAUAUGCGGCAACCUACAACCCGGUCUCGGGUCUGUUGGAUAUUCAUGGCAUUCCAGGAUCUCUCGCCACAUCACCCGAACAAGGAGCCAGUCUCGAUCAAUUCUGUACGGAUGUCACCAAUAUCUUGACCCAAUUAUCAGCGGCAGGCGCUGCAGUGGCCACGGCUGCUACCAUUCCUGCCACACCGGUUGCCACUGUACCAGCAGUAGCAACCGCUGUUCCCGCCUUGGCCACUACGCCGCCUGCUUUGAUCACGGCCACCACACCUCCCGCAUUGCCAGUUGCAACUGUGCCUGGAGUUGCCACCACAACGCCAGUAGUGGCUACAGCAGCAACCCUUCCUGUCACACCGGCUGCAGCCACAACGGCUCCAGUGUUGAUCGCUGCAACUACAGCACCAGUAUUGACCACCAUAACCACAGCUCCAGUAUUGCCAGUGGCAACUGUGCCUGGACUGAUAACGGCGGCGCCUAUUUUGACCACAGCUCCCGUAUUGCCAGUGGCAACUGUGCCUGGAGUUGCCACAACUGCUCCCGUAUUGCCCACUGCUCCCGCAUUGCCAGUGGCAACGGUGCCUGGAGUUGCCACAACUGCACCCGUCUUGCCAGUGGCCACUGUGCCAGGAGUUGCCACAACUGCUCCUGUAUUGCCCACGGCUCCCGCAUUGCCAGUGGCAACUGUGCCAGGAGUUGCCACAAUCCCUCCCGUCUUGACCACGGCUCCUGUAUUGCCAGUGGCAACUGUGCCAGGUGUUGCCACGGCAGCUCCCCUAGGUACACUUUCGCCUGUGGGGGUAACAGCCGCUCCAUUGGGGGUGGGUGCUACCCCGGCACCCAUCAUCCGAACCAAUCCUACAAUCUGCAAACAGCAAAUGCUACUGGUCGAUGGUGACAGAAAUGCCCUCAUGAAUGAUGCCGAGUACAUCGCAUUCGUCAACAAAUUGGCCAACAAUGCAUUUCAUCAGUUCACGACAUUGGCAUCUUUGCCGGCACCCUUGCAACAGAGUUUUAACACGUUGGAAGAAGGAGGAGACAUUGAAAUUGUGGGUUAUCUGUCAGCACAUGGAGCCACACCCACACAAAUGAACUUUUUGGAAUUGAUUUGUGCCCGUACCGAUCAAGCCAUUUACGAAGCACAGCAUGGACUGGCACCGGGAAGUGCUGCCGAUCUCUUUCCCGUUGUGACGUCCGUACCCGUCUCGACGGCGGUUCCCACUACGUUUGUACCCACGCCGGGGGUAGCGAAUGGUACCCACAAUAAUGUAUUUGAUCAUCCCAAUGGAACUGUCGCGCCAGCGGUGGCCACCACACUACCACCAGUUCCCAUUUACAGGCCCACGGAUGCCAGCACACCAUUGUUGACCAUCCAUUCUUCUUUUCUCAUGGCCAUUCCCGCCGGAGGAGUCACCGCUGCCACGCUUCCCGAAGCUACGCGUAGCAACAUCGAACAGGCAUUUUCUCAGUUUGUGCAAGCAAACGUACCGGGGAUCAUUGCGUCCUUGGGCGCGCCGGCGGCUGCCGGAAAUGCCACCAUGGCGCCCUCGGUGGGUGCUACCACCGUCGUGCCGGGACAAACCGCACUUCCAUCCACAACAGUAUCCUCUAUACCACCGUCUCUUCCCGGAAGUCCUGGCGUGGUUGCCGCCACAACUCCUCCAGCAGUCGUCGCUGCUUCCACGGCACCCGUAGUGCCAGGUGUGGCCACCGCAAUUCCUGUCGCGACGACACCUCCCGCGAUUCAAACAAUUCCGGUUCAAACCGUGCCUCCUGCGUUGCAAACGGUUCCUCCUGCUGCCAUAGCUACACCUCCUGCGGUUCAAACUGUGCCCCCCGUGGUGCAAACUGUGCCGCCCGUGGUACAAACUGUGCCGCCCGUGGUACAAACUGUCCCACCUCCAGCAGUUCAGACCGUUCCUCCUGUCGCGGUACAGACGGUUCCUUCUGUCGCGGUACAGACUGUUCCUCCUGCAGUUCAGACGGUUCCUCCUGUUGUGCAAACUGCUCCUCCUGCGAUUCAAACUGUUCCUCCUGCUGUCCUAACUACACCUCCCGCGAUUCAAACUGUUCCGCCUGCGGUUCAAACACUUGCCCCAGCUGUACAAACCUUUGCACCGGUUGUAAGGAGGAGAAACACCGAGCUCACAGCCGUGGAAGAAAAUUCCGCGCCAACGUUCUAUCUUCGAGGAAGGAGAGUGCAAGUUUUAACGCCUGCCCCUAUUGCUCCCCUGCCAGUGGCAACCGCUACACCUGUCGUUGGGAUCACUCCUGCCCCAGUAGCUCCUGCUACCCUUACACCAGCGACCUUCGCAACCGCAACGGCUACCCCAUCGGUUGUUGGGACACCACCUCUGCAAGUCGUAGCAACGGUUCCACCCGCCACACUGGCCACUUCGGUGGCAGCAGUCACUACGUUGCCGCCAGCAUCUGGUUCUCCGGUGCCUGGAGCGACUACUCCCGUUCCGUUGGGCGCAACGCCUGUCCCCAGUGUUGGGGCUUCUUCCGCCGUCCCGAGCAGUGGCACAGCGGUACCGACAGGCGCUGCCGGAGCCGCUUCGGGCGCAGUUUUGGAUCCGGCGAGUGCCCAACUGCUUCAAGUGCAAGAUUCCACCGCUUGCUGGACGCAGGCCGCCGAUACUCCAGCAGGAGCAACCUGUCUUCUUGUCUAUGGCAUUUACAAUGUCGAGGUUCCAGCGGGAGAAUCGAAACAGACCAUUUACGAUGCGCUCGUAACCAACACGCAAUCCGCCAUUCAACAGGGCACCCUCCAAGCGUCUCUGGACAGCGCGGUUCCCAAUUCUGGCAUGUCUGUGGUCGGUUCCUCGAGUCCAGUGGAUCCUGCACCGCCUGUAGUGGCCACUCCCGCCCCCUCCACCGAAGCACCCACAGAAGAAGGCGAAGGAGAAGAAGGUGGCAGUAGCUUUGCCACGAUUGCUGGCGCUGCGAUUGGAGGUGUGGCAGUGAUUGCCUGCUGUUUGGGUGGCUUUAUCGCAUACAAGAGAGGCAUGCUUGAUUCUUUCGUGGGUGGCGGCGGUGGUGGCGAUAGCUCCGAGGGCGGUGACGAUGGCAGCAAGGGCGGUGACGACAACUACAACGAUGAAGAAAGCAAGGAAGGCAGUGACAAAUGA